CUCCAACAGAGUGUGACUGCAGCCGCGGCGGGGCACUCCUGCAGAGCAUGAAGCCGUCUCCCUCCUCUACGGACGGCAAUUAAAGAUGGAAUUGUCCGGUCAGGCAGUCGAUGUCGAGCAGGAUGCUCCACCGACCCUCGUGGAUGUGGACACCGCGGUGCUGCUGCUGGGAGCGGGAGUAACCGCCUUCACGCAUCCGCUGCUGUAUGUGAAGCUGCUAAUACAGGUGGGACAUGAACCGCUCCCCUCAACGGUGGGCACCACUAUGUUCGGACGAAGAGUCCUGUACCUGCCCGGCUUCUUCUCCUACGCGCAGCACAUCGUGACGGUGGACGGAAAGAGAGGGCUCUUCCGCGGCCUGUCGCCUCGCAUCGUGUCCAGCGCCAUCUCCACUGUGGUCAGGAGCAAAGUUAAACAGCAGGUGGAGAUUCUUUCCAAGAGAGAGGACCUGCAGACUUCCCUCAGGAAAGUGGUCAAAGAGACCUCGCAUGAGAUGAUCAUCCAGUGCCUGUCCAGAGUAGCCACUCAUCCUCUUCAUGUGAUGUCAGUGCGGUGUAUGGCCCAGUUUGUUGGCAGAGAGGUCAAGUACGGUGGGAUGUUCAGUUGCAUGGUCAAGAUUUUUCAGGAGGAAGGAGUGGCUGGAUUCUAUGUUGGUGUCGUUCCCCACGUGGUGGGAGAGCUGCUCUUCCUGUGGUGCUGUAACCUCCUGGCUCACUUCAUCAACACCUACGCUGUGGACGAGAGUUUCAGUCAGGUCUCAGCCAUAAGGAGCUACACUAAGUUUGUGAUGGGCAUUGCAGUGAGUGUUCUAACAUAUCCGUUCAUGCUGGUGGCUGAUCUCAUGGCAGUCAACAACUGUGGCCUGGUGGCAGGUCUUCCUCCUCGCUCCCCCAUCUUCAUGUCCUGGCUACACUGCUGGAAUCACCUGAGCAACAAACGGGCGAUGCACUGGUCCAGUGGUGGCUGCCUAGGAUUGUGUCCAACUCGUGUGAUCCAAACAUUUCCAAUAACUCCAGAGCUUGUAAAGUCUAAAAGUCAAAAUGUAUUGAAAAAAUAUCGAGGGUCACCUCUUCAGAGGAUCCAGCUUCUUCUUCCGCCGGGUUCCUGUGACCUCGCUGCCCGACAUCGAGGACUGACGUCGUCAUCGUCAUCUGCUCACAAACAUGUUCCUCCAGAUGUAGCAGGAGCAGCAGAGAUACAGUUCAAGGAGUGCCAAUGAACUUUUCCAGUUAAAAUGAAGCUUCUUAAAGCUACACCAUCAGGAGUGUGAGGGGAGCAAUAUUUCUAUCUGUUUCAUCUCCAAUGACAGAUAACACGACAUGAAUGCUUUAAUGGAGUCGAGUAGCUCUCUGUCCGUGUCCUCUUGAACUGAGCUUUUGGGCGCUCCUCUGAAAUGGUUUGUAACACUUAUCAGCUGAAACAUUCAAAUGGAUUUAUAUAUAUUUACAUACAUAUAUAACUUACUUAAACGGUGCUCUGGUGGUUCUGUGCCGCUGGCAACAAAUAUAACCAAUUGAUUCCAGUGAUGACACCAAUGCUGUGACACAAUAUAUUACAUGUUUGUCUCUGUCUGGUAUCAGAACUUCUGACGGUGAUUCUGCUGCUUCCUCUUCAUAAAGUAAAGCUAUCAGAGCUUGUAGUCGGGCCUCCUAAUGCAGACCAGUGGAUUCUACAUGUCGGCGGAUGUUUUCACUGGGAUCAAAGUUUGCUCUUUGCUUUAAUAUUCAUACACUACUGCUUGUUGUGGAGGGAAAAGUGUUUGCAGAUCAAUAGAAGUUUACAGCAGUGAUUCCCAAAGACUGGGUCGGGAACCAUAGCUGGGUCGCAGGAGGCAGCUGGGUUAUUUAGAGGAAAGAUUGUGAGGAAUCAUCUCAUGAUUAUGGAAUGAUGUUAUUAUGAGGGAAGAUAUGAGGAAAGAUCUCGUUAUUAAGAGGAAAGAUCUGAGGAAUGAUGUUAUUAAGAGGAAAGAUGAUGUCAUGAGGAAAAGGACCUACAAAGUGCAACGCUGAAAGACAGUACAAACAUAUUCAAUAACGUCAUUGUCAUGCAGUGUAGUGUGACCAAAUCAAUUCAUAUAUCAACGGGGACAGAAAUGGCUGUUUAGGUCCACGAACACAAGGUAAGACUCAUUCAUAAACCUUGUUUUCAACAAUAAUACAAAAUAAAACCAUGAACAGGAAACAAGAAUCAAUGAAUACAUAAAUAUCGAAUAAUAACUUAUAACAUAUACAUUGUAAGCUGACAAUAGAACGUAUGAUGAAAUUAAAAUAUGGAAUCAGAAUCAAAAAACUUACUCAAUUUGAUCACAGAAAAAUCAUGAGAUCAUACUGACAAUCAGAGAUUAUAGAAAAGUGUUAAUGUCAGUAAUAUGAAAUACUGAAGUUACCCAGUGAGCACUAACCCGGAUUUCAACGUUGAUUUCUGGUUGAAAACACGUUGAAAUGAGGUCUGAACGUCUUAGACCUAUUUUCACCGUCUUUUCAACCGGCUAAAUUACGGUUACAAUAUCAACUUGUCACAAAACACCAAUUUCUUUUAAAAUAUUGAUGGUUUGUUAAGUUGUAGGUUGAAAGAGACGCGAGUUUGAUUACUUUAAACGUAUUUCUCCAAAAUCAUAUUACGCUGGCUGGUGAUAUGUGGUCUACAUGACGCGAUUUCAACGCAUUUAAUGUUUCAUAUAAAACGUAAAUAUGGAACUAUAGACUGUGUGCUGCCAACAAGAAGCUCCCAGGACAUCAUGAGAGCGCUCUCAUGAUGUCCUGGGGGCGUGUUCCAGCAGUAAACAGAGACUCUUAUUGUUUAGUGCUCACUGGUAGUGUGAAGAUAACACUGAUUUAAUAAAAAAGGUUGUGGUACGCAGAUAGCACAGUAUUGAUCUAGAUCCAGGAGGUGGCAGCAAUGCCACGUAAUUGAUGCCAUAAAACCCCAAAGACGAAGAAGAAGAAGUGUUCUUGCUCCCCCUGAAGAAGACACGUGUGGAAACGUAAAUAAAUAGAGAUUGAUGAAGUGAA